AUGGAUUGUUUAUUAGCAUACAGAUUAGUAGAACUCGCCACCUCAAAGGCACCAACGUCUUCGGAAAUUGAAAAGAUCAUCGAAAUCGCCGGAGGAAAGGCCGACGCAGCAAAGGUGCAGGCUCUUCUUAAGUGCUUAGACGGAAAGAACUCCGACGAAUUGAUUGCAAAGGGCGCGUCUAUGCUCCAGUCAGCAGCCCCCGCAGCUGCAUCCGGCAGCGCAGCCCCCGCAGCUGAGGCCAAGGCCGCAGAGGUAGAGGAGAGCGAGGAAGAAAGCUCUGGAGACAUGGACCUCUUUGGUUAA